ACCUACGUCUAUCAUCUCACUGUGUUCCUACCGAGUAUGUUUAGAGAUGGCGAUCAAGGAAAGUUUCCUCCUUCUCUUCUUUCAAGGAAUGGCCGUUAUUUUCGCAAAAGAGGACUCGACGCUUUCUCGUUCAUCGUUAUUCACCACGCAGGAGAACAAGCGACUUGCAGGCCAUGCUGUCAAACGAUUUCAAUCUCCCGAUCAAAUAUCAUGCAGCCUUUCGUGCCUCAGAAACUCCUGGUGUACUUCUACAAACUUCGAAGAACCAACUGAAAAGGACGAUAAAGGAACUUGUGAACUGAACAAGCAUGGGAUCCUGGACGGAAAAGCUCAGUUUUAUGAUCAACAAGGCUUUACUUUCUCUAUGCUGCUCAAGGGAUGUCUCAUGACAGGCUGUCGUAAUGGCGGUUCUUGUUUGUUUCAUGAGAAGAACCAAACAUUUUCAUGUUCCUGCAUACAUCCGUGGACUGGAAAUGACUGUCAAAUAAUUGGUAAGAUUGCAAUUUUUUUUCGUAAAACCUUCACAGCAGGCCAAAGUAAUAAGAGUGCUCAGUGGAGCCGAACAUGUAAAUAG